AUGAUUCGCAGCAGGAUCCUUGUUUCACUCCGACGGACGCUCGUAGUAUACAUUUUUGGCCUACUCUGGUCCUGUGUUUCCGCGCUUGGAAGGCCAGCGUAUAUAGUUGCUACCGACAGGAGACCGAGCUGUAUCUUUCCUUCGACAAGUCUUCGUCAUUUUGCCGCUCCAAUCAAUCUUGCGGAUGUUGGAGUGUUCAAUAUUCCGGGGAGCGAUCCCGAACGACCCAGAAAGGUAAAUCAAGAUCGUCAUUUUUUGUUUCAGAACGACGAAACGAUCGUGGUGGGAGUGAUGGAUGGGCAUGGAAAGGACGGCCACAAAUUGACAGAGUUUCUUGCCACACAACUUCCCUUUCGCUUAAAAGAAAGCUUAAACAGUAGCACACUGAACAAAUCCGACCAUGCGGCCUUACGGGAAAUGGAAGAAAGGCUCGUGACUUUGGGGAAAGCGAAAUCCACCUCCAUGAGCGAGGAGCACGAUGUCGUUUCUGGUGCUUUGAUCCAGGCUUUUCACCUUGCUCACCAUGAUGCAUGUCAGAAUACUGCAGUCCCCGCCGGUAGAUCGGGAACCACUUGUGUUGCAUGUGUCGUCACCGAUGAUUCUAUUGUAACGGCCAGUGUCGGAGACUCCACGCUUAUUUUAGGUUUGUAUGCCGCUCCCGACGUAGCUGCGGAAGGAUACGUUCUUUCCACGGAAGUUCUAUCUGUUCGCACAACCGUUCAAAUUGAAGGAGAAAGAUCAAGAAUCCAAGCAGGAGAGGGACGUGUGGAUGGAAAUGGGAAUGUCUUCUAUGGACCUGUAGGAAUCGCCAUGACAAGAGCCUUGGGCGACGCUGUCAUGCUUCGAGCAGGAAUUUUGCCAACUCCAAUGAUCCGAAAUUUCAAUCGGCCUGUGAGUCACGCCCAAGAGGAAACUGGUGAAAUUUUGUCCAUGAUUGUUCUCGGGAGUGACGGAGUGUUUGACGUAAUGACGAAAGAGGACGUUAUACAAUUGGCCGGCCAAGUUAUACAGGAGUUUGAAUCGACUAAGACUGCCGCCGAAGCCAUUUGUAACGAAGCCAGGCGACGAUGGCUAGCAAACUUGCCGAUAGAACCGAAGGUGGAUGAUAUAACCUGCGCAGUAGUUCAGAUAUAG